UUCCGGCCUUUGCGAUAAGACCUCCAUUCGCCAUGCCCACACCAUGUACGAAAUCCUUCGAGCAAAUCCUCAGCAGGGAGCUACAGCGCCUUGAGACAGUGCUACGGGCGGCCCACGCGCCAUCGCCGCAGAGGCCGAACGCGCAUCGAGGCGCAGGCUUCUGCGCAGCUGAGCGGGAGGAGUCCAACGAGGUUCUGGCGUACACUUUCGACAGUCCCCGCCUGCCGGACUUGGACGUAUCAGAUCGGUGGCUGGAUUUGAGCAUCAAACUUCUGGAGCAGGACAGCGUGGAGAGUUCAGAGGCGACCGAGGAGUGGGGAGCUGGCGAUCUGCAGCUCCGGGGCGCCUGGACGCGGUCUUGGCAGGAGGUGUCAACGAUGAACCGCAGCAAGAGCUUCCGCGUCACCAAGCGCUACCCGGAUCGCAAGACUCGCAUGGGCCAGCCGAGCGCGAGCUUCCGCGACGAGACCUUCCUGGGCCGUUUGGUUCUGGAGCCCAGGAGCCGGCUGCAGAUGGUGUGGUCCCUGCUGGGCUCCCUGCUUAUCGGCUGGGACAUGGUGAUGGUGCCGCUGGAGCUGUUCAACUUGGGUGACAGCACCAUGGACUUCUUGACGCUCAUGAGCAGGAUCUCUUUCGGCUUUUGGAUCUUGGACAUGUUCUCCAACUUCUUCUUCGGGCAGGAGGUCAUGGGGCGGCAGGAGCUCAGGAUGCUCAAGCUGGGCAAGAUGUACUUCAGCUCUUGGUUUGGCCUGGAUGUGGUGGUGAUUUCAAUCGACCUGGCGGUCUUCAUGGUGGAGAUGUUGCAGGACGAUCCUCAAAGCGCAGGCUUCCGCUCUGCGCGCUUCCUGCGCACGAUGCGCUUGCUGCGGCUCCUGCGCCUCUUGCGCGCAGUGAAGUUGCAGCAGGAGCUGACCCUACUGGCGAACCGGCUCUUCUCCGCACACUUCUUCAUGGUCGCCAAGGUGCUCAUGGGCCUGGUGAUGAUGCUGCUCAUCAACCACAUCAUUGCGUGCCUGUGGUACGGCAUCGGGUCCUGGAACUUGGAUGGGAAGAGCUGGCUGGUCCGCUCGCAGAUGGACCAGGCUGGCUUCGCGGAGGCGUACGCAGUGUCCAUCCACUGGACGCUGACCCAGUUCACCCCUGCCACGAACAACGUGGCCCCGGACAACGCCUUGGAGAGGUUCUUCGCCGUGUGGGUCAUCCUGCUGGCCAUGGGGGUCUUCUCCUCCUUCAUCAGUUCCAUCACUGCGACGGUCAGCUCUUUGCGGAUCAGCCGCAUGCAGCAGUUCCAGCAGCGCAGCCGGCUGCUGCGCUUCUUCUGCGAGCGGAGCCUUUCUGCCGAGCUCUUCGGAAAGGUGGAGGAAGUUCUGCACAAGGAUGGCCUCUUUGAGGAGCGGCUGCAGGAGAGCGAGGUGGCGCUGAUGAGCGGCAUCCCGCAGAGGCUCAAAGUGCAGCUCCAUGAGGAGAUGUUCAUGUCCUCCCUUCGUCGACUGGCCAUUUGGCCCAGCUGGAAGAGUGCUGAGGACGUCCACUUCUUCCGGAGUUUGUGCCACGAGGCCAUGCGGGAGCACCCGGCCAAGCCCAUGCAGGACGCCUUCAUGCCGGGCACCAACUGCGAGGAGGUCUACAUCGUGGAGCACGGCCGGAUGAGUUACCUGACGCGCAGCCGGACCUUCGAGGUGGCGGAGGGCGACUUUCUGUGCCUGCCCAGCUUGUGGGCGGAGUGGUACCACCGGGGCCGCCUCAGCGCCAGCACCGGCGCUGCAUACUAUGUGGGUGUGGUGAGCAGCAUCUUCUGCCAGAUCUGUUUGGAGCACGGAGGCCCUAUGUGGCAGUAUCUGCAGAUCUUCGGCAUCUUGCUGGUCGGAGAAGUGGAAGCCAUGGAGGAAGAGCACGCCGUCUCAGACCUCUACCACGAGAACUUGGAGCAGCUGGGCGUCCGGGCCCAGAAGUUUGCGCAGAUCCUGAAUGCCAAGGCGAUGCUGGCGAGAAGCUUCAGCGAUGAGGUGGAGAAGGCCACGCAGGUGUCGAAGCUGCUGUCCCUCUUCAAAUAAUCGUGAUGGACAUGGAGGCGGGCCAACGACCGACGGUCUGACCAGAGGGCAGUUUCCCCAGUGUUUUAGUUGAAUGGACGGAAGCAGAGGCCAUUUCUUUUGCCUUGCUCAGGCGUCAGGGGGUUCUCUUCUCCCGGAAAGUGUGGGA